AGGUGCCGCCAUAGCGAGUGGUUCUGCACGCCGACGCCAGUUCGUGUUACGUCUGCUGCUCCUCGCAAAUCGCCGAAGAUGUCAUACUGCAAUAGCUGUCGCGCCAGACUUCCAGAGGCGAAGGAUUUGGAAAUCCAACAUGCCUUCAGCAUCGAGAAUUUUCUGGACAGCGGUGAGUUCACAGAUUUCGAGUUCCGGGUGAAGCUGGAGGACCAUCCUGACAUCCCCGAGCGGAGAUUUCGUGUGCACAAGCUGUUCCUUGCCAUGAGGAACGAGGUGUUCCAUGCGAUGUUCUUCGGAGAUCUGGCUGAGAAAUGCGAGGUGAUCAUCACGGAUGUGCACCCAAACGGCUUCGACUUGCUGCUCAGGUACCUGUACUCCGGCAAGCCGAAGAUGAAGAGCAUCGACGACGCGCUGCACGCAAGGUUCGCGGCCAAGAAGUACCUGGUUCAGGGUCUUGUAGACGCUUGCAGCCUGUAUAUUGCGAAAAACCUAAAGCCUGACCGGCUGUGCUCGUUCAUCGACUACUACAUGCAGAGCCGCGAGCCAGAAAUGGAUGCCAUCGCGGAAACGCUCCUGACGUCAUCCAAUGCCCCGGCCAUCCUCACCUCGAAGGAAUUUAACGCCGCCCUCGAAGGAACCGUUCGAUAUAUCGUGGAUAGGAUCAGGAAGGUGUCUGAGGACAGCGUGACCAGAGCCGUCUUCGGCUGGGCCCAGGAACAGUGUGUCAAGAGCCUGCAGUCGGAGAGCCCGCUCGAAGUGAAGGCGCUUAUGCGCACUUUUUUCCCCAAGUUGCGAUUCUUGACCAUGACAGCUGAAGAGUUUGUGGUGGGACCUGGUUCCUGGGGUUUGCUGGAAGACGCCGAGAACCUCGCGUUACUGCGCAAUAUCGUAAAGAUGGGAUCUCAACCACUGCCCGAAGGAUUUUGCGGCACCACCAACGACCGGUUCUAGUUAUAAAACAAGAACGUUCGCGUCACAAGGAACGUGCAAGGGCGGUUGAACUCACCGUGGUCAAUUUUGUAUGGUUAGAUUUAGUGACAGUGGGUAGGAACCCAGUGGCAAAAACA